AUGGCUGUCCCUCACUUACAACAGCCUAGCUUCCUAUUGGCCAGUUUGAAGGCAGAUUGCAUGAACAAGCCCUUUGCUCAGAGGUGCCAUGAUCUGGAGAUAGUCAUUGAAGAUUUUCCUGCCAAGGAACUGCAUGCCAUCUUCCCAUGGCUCGUGGAGAAUAUUUUUGGUAGUCUGGAUGGCAUAAUCAUAGGUUGGAAUCUUCGCUGUUUGCACGGAAGAGCGAAUCCUACGGAGUAUGCUAUUGCCCUGGAUUUCCUGGAUCCCAGUGGCCCGAUGAUGAAGCUGGUUUACAAACUCCAAGCUGAGGAGUACAGAUACGAAUUCCCAGUCUCCUAUCUUCCGGGCCCCGUGAAGGCUUCCAUGCAAGAGCGAGUCCUACCAGAAUGCUCACUAUACCACAACAAAGUCCAGUUCCCUCCAUCUGGAGGCGUAGGUUCGAACUUGGCCCUCAAUCCAUUUGAAUAUUACAUGUUUUACUUUGCAAUAAGCCUUAUCACACAGAGGAACUCUCCCACCACCCAUCAUGUCAGCCCUUCAAACAGCGCUUACUUCAGUCUAGUGGACACAUACCUGAAAUGGUUUCUUCCCACAGAAGGAAGUGUUCUUCCUCCACCUUCUUCCAAUCCUGGGGGGGGCAUCCCUUCACCUGCUCCUAGAUCCCCAGCAGUGCCUUUCACUUCUUAUGGCAUACAUCACACUAGUCUGCUGAAACAGCACAUUGCCCAUCAGCCUUCAGUGAAUGCUGAUCCUGCUUCCCAAGAGAUCUGGAGAUCAGAAACAGUGCUUAAAGUUUUUGUUGAAAUGUGGCUUCACCAUUACUCACUGGAAAUGUAUCAGAAAAUGCAGUCCCCUCAUGUGAAGCUGGAGGUUCUCCACUACCGACUCAGUAUCUCCAGUACACACCACAGUAGUCCUGCCCAAUCCGGCUACCAGGCCCUCCACGCAUACCAAGAAUCAUUUAAACCCACAGAAGAGCAUGUGUUAGUGAUAAGACUGCUCGUGAAGCAUCUGCACGCUUUUGCCAACAGCCUGAAACCAGAGCCACUCUCGCCCUCAGCCCAUUCCCAUACAGCCAGCCCACUGGAGGAAUUCAAGAGAGUUGUGAUUCCUCGGUUUGUCCAGCAGAAGCUCUAUAUCUUCCUGCAGCAUUGCUUUGGCCACUGGCCCCUGGAUGCCUCUUUCAGAGCUGUCCUGGAGAUGUGGUUAAGCUACGUGCAGCCCUGGAGAUAUGCGCCUGAGAAACCACUUCAGAGUGCAGAGCCUCAGCCUCGCAGUGUAUCAGAGAAAUGGGCUCCCUUCAUUCAAGAGAACCUACUGAUGUACACCAAGCUAUUUGUAGGCUUUCUGAACCGAGCUCUCCGCACCGAUUUGGUCAGCGCUAAAAAUGCCCUGAUGGUGUUCCGAGUAGCCAAGGUCUUUGCUCAGCCCAACCUAGCUGAAAUGAUCCAGAAAGGAGAGCAGUUAUUCCUGGAGCCAGAACUUGUUAUCCCUCACCGUCAACACCGAAUUUUCAUGACCCCCACUCUUGGUGGGAGCUUCUUGUCAUCAUGGCCUCCAGCAAUCACAGAUGCCUCAUUUAAGGUGAAGAGUCAUGUUUACUGCCUGGAAGGACAGGAGUCCCAGUACAAGCAGAUGUUUGGUCCAGAAGUCAGGAAUUUGGUAUUAAGAUUGGCCCAGUUAAUAGGCCAGGCCCAGCAAACAGCAAAGUCCAUAUCAGACCACUCUGCAGAGACCAUGGCUAGUCAGUCCUUCCUAUCCUGGUUUAGGUUCAGCCCUUCUGACAUGAAUGGUUCCUAUACAGGAAAUGACCUAGAUGAAAUUGGGCAAGACAGCAUCAAGAAAACAGAUGAAUAUUUGGAGAAGGCACAGGAGUACCUAUGCCAGAUCUUUCGGUUGAAUGAAGCCCAGCUGACCCAAAUGAUUAUGAAUUGUGGAGCAGCUCAGGAUGAGAAUGGAAAGAAGCAACUUCCAGACUGCAUUGAGAGUGAGGAUGGACUAAUUCUUACGCCUCUUGGCAGGUAUCAGAUCAUAAAUGGCUUACGGCGGUUUGAGAUAGAGUACCAAGGAGAUACUGAUCUUCAGCCCAUUAGAAGUUAUGAAAAUGCCACUCUAGUGCGACUGUUGUUCCAGUUAUCCUCAGCAAUUAAUCAAAGGUUUGCUGAUCAAAUGGAGAUUCUCUGCUCCAGGGAAGACUUUAUUGGCAGGUUGUGUCGCUAUCAUCUUACCAACCCAUUCCUUGCAGAGAAGGGCAGGCACAGCCCAGCACUGAAACAAAGGUCAGGACGUUCUCGGCGACCAAGGAUCAGUCUGAGAUUUCUGGCUAGCUACAGGACUCUUCUUUCUUUGUUCAUGAUAUACUUCAUUGCAUCUUGGUUCUGCAUUGGACCACUGGCCUGCACAUUCAUUAUUCUCCUUGGGUAUCUUCUUUAUGCAAUAGUAAUGACUUUCUUCACUGAAAGGUGGAAACCUCAUCAACACUAAUUUUUCCCUUCAGUGUACACUGUAAAACAAACUUUUUAAGGAUAAAAGUACAGUGCUUCGUGAUUAAAAGGCUUCGGCAAAGGAUCACUUCAAAAC